GUCGCGCCCAGGCGUUCAUCUGCUCGGCCGCGCGCGCCAGCCAGCCACACCGACCGCAGGGGAAGGCAGCCCUUGUUGCGAUGGCGUCCGCCGCUGUGUAGGGCGCCAUCUUUGCCCCAUGGAGCCGGCCAGGUGGGCUCCGCUCCUGGGCGCGCUGCUGCUAGCCGGCCGCUGUUCGCCGGGCGCCGCCGCGUCCCUGGGCGAGCGCAACGUAGGAUGCCUCUUCAGUGAGAACCUUUGCGAUGACAUGGUGGAAAUGUGUUAUGACGACAAUGCUUUCGGCCGCUGCGUUGAAAAAGAUUCUCUGGACGACCAAAAUUUUUACCAGCACGAGCUGGACCGCGCGGGGUUGCGGCUGCUGGAGAAGGAGAUGUGGAGGCUGUUCGCGCUGGGCUACCGCUGGAGCCACAGCUACACCCAGUGCGUGCUGCAGCUGCUGCUGGACUCGCUGCGCUACCGGAAGGAUACGGACACAGAUCUGUGCGAGCCGCUCAUCGACCAGGACCUGGAAGCAGCUGUCAAGGCCAUCAAAGGAGACGAGGAAGAGCAACUGGACCCCAGCAGCGUGGCGAUAGUCAAGUUCACGCCGAGCGACUCGGACCCGCACGCGGUCUACGCCGACGAGGUCUACUUCCCGCCCGACUCGGACGAGGAGGCCGCCAGACGGAGCGAGCUGAACGAACGGGCCUCCGCAGCGGCCGUGGAACGCGUGGAGGAGGGGGAGGGGGAGCCAGAGCCAGAGCCGGAGGAGUUCCUGCCGUCCGUCAGCAAGAAGCAGGGAGACCCGCACGGCCGCCGCGCUCUGCCGAUGGACGCAGAGUCGCUGCUGCUGGGCCCGCUGCGAGCCGAGCAACAGGUUUUCAGCCGGCGGUACAACACGCCUGACGGCUUCCGCUCCGGGUCGGAGACGCGCGACAAGGCCCUCCCGCGCAGCUUCUCCCAGCUCUACGAGCCGUCCGACCUGUUCCUGCCGGCGCGGGAAGACCAGCGAGAAGAACCAGAAGAAGGAGAAGAAGAUCCGCGGGAAGACGCGGAGCUGGCAUCCCGGGGGCUGUUGAGCGGCGUCUACAACACCCCUGAAGGCUUUCGCUCCGGCGCCGAGACCCGAGACAAGGCGUCCAGCUCACACAACUACAAGGCGCUCGUGGCGACCGGCGGCGGUAACAGCGAUGGAGGCUUCAGCCGGGACUACGACACCCCUGAAGGCUUCAGGCGGGACUACGACACCCCCGAAGGCUUCAGACGGGGCUACGACAGCCCUGAAGGCUACAGACGGGACUACGACACCCCGGAAGGCUUCAGCCGGGAUUACAACCGCCCUAAAGGCUUCAGGCGGGACUACGACACUCCUGAAGGCUUCAGCCGGGACUACAACACCCCUGAAGGCUUCAGGCGAGGACACGAGAGCCGCGACGGACGCGAGGAGGAGAACGAGAUACCUCGGCCGCCCCGCGCGCGCCUCCCGGACAAGCAGUACAAGCCGCUGGAGAACCCGUCGUCCGGCCUGCUGCAGCUGGCCAACAUCUUCUACGGCCGCGAGCGGCCGAGCGAAGACGGAGCAGGUGCUUCUGGCGCCGCCUACACGGAGGGGGGCCUGGUCUUCCUGCCCGGACACAGCGGCGAGCUCAAGGACGGCGACCAGAGGCGCUCCCCGGCGGCGCUGCAGCGCGCUCUAGACGACGACUUGGACGAGCUGCUGGACGAGUACGACCCGCUUGACGGCGGCUUCAAGCGCAAGGAGCGGCUGGACGUGAAGAAGCCCGGCCCGCUCUUCAGCACCAACAACUACGCCUUCCGCCACCAGGCCGGGCAGGAGGAGGAAGAUGAACAAGACAAGAACGAACGCAGGUCUCAGCUCGACGAUUUACGCCCUGAGGCCUACAAACCCUCUACAGGUUAUGGAUGGCCUAAAAUGAGCAGCUACCUCGCACAGCAUGGAAAGAACUCCUCGCCGCACGUGACGCCGGAGAAGAAAGAAGUGGUCUUCUCUGCCGGGGUGCCCACGUCGACUGCUCUGCGAUACGACGUGGUGGACACCACCUACACCUACAUCACGUUCAAGGACAGUAUUUACGAAUGGAAGAAAGGAAACGAAAUAGCUGAAAGGAUUACAAAUUUACUCUCUCUUCCACGAAGCACUUUUACUAACAUACAGCUUGGGGAAGACAAGCACGACUUGAUAUUCAAAGUGCGGGCGAAUCCUCGCCAUAUGAACGCUUCUGAAGUAGCGAGGAAAAUUAUCGACAUCAAAGACCAGUUGAAGGAGAAGGAAGGCGUUGAAGUGGUCUCGGCUGGGAUAGGGAAUAAGACUAAGUUCCCGCUGGUGGAGACGGCGCAGAGCGACCCGCUGCACCGGCUGCUCGUCGUGUCACUGUUCGCCGGGGGAACCUUCUCUGCGCUGCUGGUGGGCGCCGCGGCCAUCUGCCUGGCGCGCCGUCUGGCCGCGUCCCGCCGCAAGCUGCGGGGCCUGUCCGCGCCCGAGACCGAGGCCAGCAAGGACUACCAGGACCUCUGCCGCGCCAGGAUGGCGACCAAGGCCCAGAACGAGAAGCCGGAGCCGCUGCACAUGGGCCAGAGGAUCGCGAGCCUGUCCCGGGAGUCGGAGGGCUCCAACAACAGCCCUUCGUCCCGCUCCAGCACCUCCUCGUGGAGUGAAGAACCAGCACUUACCAACAUGGAUAUUUCCACAGGCCAUAUGGUUCUGUCAUACAUGGAGGACCAUCUCAAGAACAAAUUUCGCCUUGAACAGGAAUGGGAAGGAUUAUGCGCCUAUGAGGCGGAACCAUGUGCCGUGACAGUCGCUCAAAGGGAGGAGAACAUUAAGAAGAACAGAUAUCCUGACAUUUUGCCAUAUGACCAUGCCCGUGUGGUUCUUAACGACUUGACCAACAUAUCUGGAUCGGAUUACAUCAAUGCCUCAACAAUAACGGACCACGACCCGCGCAACCCGGCCUACAUAGCAACGCAGGGCCCGCUGCCGCACACGGCGCCCGACUUCUGGCAGAUGGUGUGGGAACAAGGCAGCGUCGUCAUGGUGAUGCUGACGCGCUUGACGGAGAACGGCAGCGCCAUGUGCCACCGCUACUGGCCGGAGGAGGGCUCCGAGCUCUACCACAUAUACGAGGUGCACCUGGUGAGCGAGCACAUCUGGUGCGACGACUACCUGGUGCGCAGCUUCUACCUCAAGAACCUCAAGACCGGCGAGACGCGCACCGUCACGCAGUUUCACUUCCUGUCGUGGCCCGAGGGCGGCAUCCCGCUGUCCACCAAGGCUCUGCUGGAGUUCCGUCGGAAAGUGAACAAGUCAUACCGUGGCCGAUCGUGUCCGAUAGUCGUUCACUGCAGUGACGGCGCCGGGCGGACCGGCACCUACUGCCUCGUCGACAUGGUGCUGAACCGCAUGGCCAAGGGCGCCAAGGAGAUCGACAUCGCCGCCACGCUGGAGCACAUCCGCGACCAGCGCGCCGCCGCUGUGCGCACGCGCCAGCAGUUCGAGUUCGUGCUGACGGCCGUCGCCGAGGAGGUGAACGCCAUCCUGAAGGCUCUGCCGCCGCUGCAGAAGCAGCAGCAGCAGCAGCAGCAGCAGGAAGCAGCGGCCCCCAAGCAGCAGCAGCAGCAGGAAGCAGCGGCAUCCAAGCAGCAGUAGACCCUGGCUAACCCACACCGGAACACGCUCAACGGAAAACUCGCAACCACAAGAUCCUUUAUUUUAUUUCAUUUCAUUUUUUUUAAUAACCACACAGGGUACCAUAAGGGCGUAUUCAGUGUUUACAAGAGGGGCACGGAGUUAGAAACCCACCUGCCACCACUUCUCUAUGAACCUGGAAGUUGUCUAAAUUUCUCUCUUCCCCCCACCCACCACUCCCUAACCCUCCUUAGCAAAUAUUUGGAUCCGCCCUUACUGCUAGACACACGGCGUGCGUACCGAAAAUUUCAUCAGGCCGCACGUUAAAAAUAAAGGAAUUUUUUUUUUAACAUUGAGACAACAUUUUUUAUUUCGGCUAGAUUCGUUUUUCAGUCAGUUAACAGCUCACGAAACAUUUGCCAGUUUUUUUUUUGCAAACUUAAAAAAUUUGUGACACGUGCGCUGGUUACUAUCAGUAACGUAUAUGCUGGCAGUUUACAUGUUCAUGUAUGCCUGUUUUACGGAUGUCCGUUCGGGAAGUUAUUAUUGAUUGCAAACAUAAUUAUCGUUAUGAAAAAAAAAAACAUACAAAGCUCUAGGAUAAGACUCGAGGCAAAACAAUAAAAAUUGAAUUAAUUUCUUUACUGAUAAUUUUUUGUUGCCGAUUUCUGCAUUCAGUCAUGUUCUGUAAUGGUUUGGCUAUGAUUUUGAUUGAUGCAAAGUCUUUAGUAAACAUUGAUGUUAAUAUGCUUAUUUAAGGCCUGGUUAUGCACAACGUAAAAUUAAAAAAAUAUAUAUGGAAAUCGAGACGUGUUGUAUCCUACGAAAUAUUUUCCAAUAUUAACAUUCCAGUAUGAGCUGUUCGGAGAUCCAAUUUUAGUAUCAGGCGAUGGGUACUGAAGGCAGGCUCUCUAGGAUAUCAUCAUAAAUGGAAUGUACCAAAGAUUUCACAAGUCCAUCGAUCUUACCCAGAAAAAAAAAGAUAGCCAGUGCUGUAUAUGCAGAAAAAAAUAUUAUUUUUAAUAUAUAUUAUUCGUACUGUACUUGAGUCAAUUGUGCAUUAGCAGCCAUGUUAAUGUAGUCUUAAUAUGGUCGUAAAUUUACUGAAGACAAAAAGUUAUGUAACGUAUAGAUCUUAAUGGAAAAUAAUGGAAUUUAUCAAAAUGUAUUGUUUGAGUGACUGUAAUUUGAAUGAUUGGCGGGUUUCUAGUAACUUAAGUUAAAUAAGUUAAAAAUUAUUUGGCAAUUC